AUCGUUUAGCAGGGAUGUCGGUUGUCCCGUUUUGCGCAUGCGCCGAAUCCGCAUUGAGCAGGCUGAGGCGUUUCUUCCGUUGAGCGUUAUGGAGCUGAAGCGGGCUGUCCUUGUUCGUUCCUCCGAAGCCACCGUCUAUUCUGCCUGCUUGUGAAGGUGACUGAAGAUGUCAAAAGACUCAGAGGCUCCUCUCUUGUCUGACUGCCAGUGUAAUAUUUGCAUGGACAUUUUUGUGGAACCAGUGACAUUACCAUGCCAACACACACUCUGCAAAUCCUGUUUCCAACUUACAGUGGAAAAGGCCACCUUGUGCUGCCCUUUCUGUCGUCGGCGAGUGUCUUCUUGGGCACGGUAUAAUGCCCGCAGGAACACUCUUGUUAAUUCAGAAUUAUGGGCAAAGAUUCAGAAACAUUUUCCAGAAGAAUGCCAGCGUAGAAUUAGUGGACAAGACAUAGAAGACACAUUCUUACCUCAACCACUACGCUGCUUAAGUAAGCCUGGAGAAUUAAGACAGGAAUAUGAAGCUGAAAUAACCAAGGCAGAAGCAGAACGACGUGCUCAUGAAGAAGAAGAGAGCAAAGCAAGUGAACAGUAUAUUCUAAGACUCCUAGCAGAAGAGGAGCAAGAGCAGAAGUUAAAAGAAGAAUUGAAAAAGCAGAUGGAAGAACAGCUUUUACAAGAUGAAAUGUUGGCACGUGAGCUCAGUUUUAGUUUGAAUAGCUCUACUGAGGAGCGUAUGCACAAUGGUCUGCCUCCUGGUCCAUCUCCUGAUUCCUGCAAAACAUCAAAAAGUAAAUCAAGCAAUUCUGCAGACAUUAAAAAGUAUUUGUCUCAAAAGUCCUGCAAGAUCUUCGCUCCUAAGUUGCUUGUCAGAGAAUCAGAAGAAGAAAAUACCAGCUGUUCUGGGGUUAGUAACAAAAAUAGCUUUACAUUAGAGAAAGAAAGAAUGGAUGAAAUGCUCACAGAAUCUCUCCAAACUAUCAGUGCAACUAGAAAUACUGUGGAUUCUUAUAUAGAACCAUCUUUGCUUGACUCCAAUAUAGGCAACUCAACUGAGCCUAGUUUUCCUGGCUUAGAUCUAUCAUGUCCUUCCACUUGUAAAAUGAAUGGACUUGUCAGUGUCACAGAUAGGGAAGACUGUGAAACUGUGUGUCUUUUUUCAAAGAGCAGUGAGGCUGGUUAUGAUGUAAAAAAAGACAAUUUUACAGGAAAUCUGGAUAGGCCAAACCAUCCAGGAAAUGCUGCUCCCCAGGAAACACUUUUUUCUGUGACAUCUGAUAACCAGCAGGACAGUAGCAUUCCAACCUGCAACCAAGUAAAAAUGGAAAAUAAAAAUGAGUCACUAAAACUGUUUACUACAGAGAUUCAUAAGAGAAAAUCUCAAGAAUCACCCUCUAAAACAGUGGUGGAUUUGGUUAUGAACGAUAAAAGAAGAAGAACUUUUACACAAAUAGAUGAUGAAGAUGAUAUGGACAAUAUACAGCAGCAAAUAUAUUUGGAGCAAACAAUUUAUGAAAGAUAUAAGCAAGAAGAAGAAGAUAGACUUUUAGCUCUGCAGCUUCAGAGGGAAAUGGACAAAGAACAGAAAACACUAAACCGCAAAAAAGGUUCUCCAGAUGAGUACCACUUACGCCCUAAAACAUCUCAGUCAGAAAGGGAAUUUCCAGUUCUUAGAAAACCUUGCAAGAAUAGCCAGACUAACAGAGAACAACAAAAAUCACGAAGAAGCUCUCAUAAUGAGAACCGGAAGCCCUCUAACAAACUUCAGACAAAGUCGUCUCCAAAAGGAGGGAAUGUUUUGAACUGUGUCCUUAAUAGCCCUGGCUCCAGGAGUUCAGAAUUAUUGCCAAACAAACAAAAAACUAUUGUUCAGAUGUUUAAGAGACCUGCAACCAGCUAGUAGAUCAACAGCUGAUGUGAAGAUUUAUAGCAUAGAAAGGGACUAUACAAUGGAUAUUGUCGUGAAAAUUUGAUUUCAUAUUUCUGAGGGAUCAGCUACUCCCGCUUUUAUAAUGUAUGUGUCUCUUGAUUGAAAACUAGUAGUGCCUGCUUUGUAGCUGUUAGGUAUGACUUCUUUUUCCUUCCUAGUACAUGCAUGGUGUUAGGUAGUUCUGAAUACCAAAAGGAAUAUUUGCUUAAAGCCAUCAUAUACUAUACAGCCGGUAGUUUUGUGUCAGAAUGUGUAAGCAAAGGAGCUCCCUGUUACACCUCUACAUUGUAAAUGUAUUAGAAAAGAGCAAAUGGCUUUGAUUUAGACUGGAGCAUAAUUUCUAAUAAAUAGAUAGAACUAUACUACUAUUCUUGCUGUUUGUUGUGCUUACAAGUUACAAGAUUUGUAUGUUAAAUAUUCCAGAAGCCUUUUUUCACGCCUUUCUCAAUGUAUGUUUGCAACAGAUUACAACGAUGCCUUUAGGUCUUCCCAUGUAGACUAGUUUUUCAGAUCCAUCAUCUUAUAAAUCUUAUAAUUUGUUUAGAACAUUAUCUAUUAAAUUGACUUUUAAGUCUCUUGAGAUUAUAAACAUAGUGUCAAUGGACUUCUUCUGAAUAAAUUUUAAAAUAUCUUUAGAAAUUACUGAAAGACAGAAGCUGUAUUUGGAUAUAUAUGCAUAAUGAGGUUUUUUUGAAAUGAGACCCAAGUCUAAACACAAAAUGUAUGUUUGUCUCAUAUACAUCAAAUACCCAUAGACUGAAGGUAAUUUUGUAUAAUAUUUGUAAUUACUGUAUUUCUUCAAUUCUAAGAUACACUUUUUCCUAUAUAAACAUCUCUAAAAAUGG